CGACACUGUUCAUCGGUACUGUUCAUCGACAGCGUGAGUUACCGAGGUCUUAAGCUCCCGGUUCAAUCCGUUCAACCCCAAUUGGUGAAAGAUGUCAAACAUUCAGAAAGUCGAGUUCGAGGCCCUCAAGGUCUCCGGUGAAAACUAUCUCGAAUGGGCCCUGGACACCAGGAUUUUCCUCAACUCAAAGGGACUGGGUGAGUGUAUCAAAGCGGAUAACACCGCAUCUGAUAAAGACCGGUCCCAGGCGAUAUUUCAUAUCCGCCAUCAUUUGGCCGCAAGCCUCAAACAGCAAUAUCUCACUCUUGAGAACCCACUCGAACUUUGGGUGGCCCUGAAAAAACGGUAUGAUCACCAGAAAACGGUGCUCUUGCCACAAGCCAAGUUUGACUGGAAGGAACUCCGGUUCCAAGAUUACAAAUCUGUGGAUGACUACAACUCCGAACUCUUUCGGAUAGUUUCAAUCAUGAAACUAUGUGGUGAAGAGGUGUCUGAUAAUGAUCUCCUCGAGAAAACAUUAUCCACCUUCCAUACCCAAAAUAUUGUGCUUCAGCAACAAUAUUGUGCAAUGAAACAUACAUUGUACGAAGAUUUGUUAUCCUGUUUGCUCUUGGCCGAGAAAAACAAUGACCUGUUAAUGAGGAACAGUGCCCAGCCCCCGGGAUCGGCUCCAGUACCAGAUUCCCGCAAAGAAUCCUACAAUGUCCAGCGAGACAGAUCCUCAGAUCGUGGCCAUGGACAUGGGAAUGGACGUGGGAAUGGACGUGGAAAGCGUGGACGCGGAAACGGACGUGGCAACCGACAUAACCUCAGUUAUGGUUCCGGUAAAGGCCGUGGUAUCUCUAAACCAAACCGCCCUGCCCACCCAACCAAUCAGUCUGCCUGUACCAGAUGCAGAAUGUUCAAUCACUGGACAAAGAACUGUCGUACUCCCAAGUUACAUUGCGAUUUGUAUCAGAAACAUGGGAAAGCACCUGCUGAAGCUAACAUGGCCCAGCAAGUUGAUGCUAACGACACCACCACCGAGCCGACCGAUCUCAUGGACUACGAGACCUCAGAUCUCCUCGAUUGAUUCUAUCGUCUGAACACUUGCUUAUUUUGAUUUUGUUUCUUUUCAUUUUGGGGAUCUGUUUU